AUGGGGAAAACUUCUGCCUUGAGAAAAGCUGACAUCCUCCGCGCCCUGCCAGACGAUGCCGAGACCGACGCCCGCCAGGAGGAGGGGGAGCUGCCCGUCAUCCCAACAAAGGGCAGAUCAUCGUUGGUCUCCCGAGACGCUGCCCCCGCCUUGACGCCGCCUGGAGUUGCCUCCGGCCCUUCUGCUGCGCCGUCUUCUGCUCCCGGAGCCCAUGUGCCCACUCCUCAGGCCCCGAAGCUUUCGGGUUUUAGGCUCCCCAAGCGAAAGGCGGACUAUGUCGCUGCCGCGGCGGCCUCCAAGAAGGAGAAGCAGGCCGCCGCCAAAGCUGUGGCCGAUCGCGAGGCAGCGUUGAAGGACGCCGAGGCCGCCCGCGACCGCUGCCGAGAGCUAGAGGACGAGCUGAAGAGCCUGCACGACCAGUGCGCAGAAGAAGCACGUGGCGGCCAGGCGAAGGAGGAGGAGAUGAGGGCCCGGGAGGACGCCAUCAAGGGCUGCGAUGCCAAGCUGGGAGAGCUGGGGAAGGCGCAGGCGCUUGAGGAAGUCGUGGAGGGCAUCGGUUCCAUGGCUGAGGCUGAGGCUCGUGUCCUUUCUUCAGCUGCACUGACGCGUGUCUUCAGCCAUCUGUACCUUCGCGACCCAAGUGCUCGUCUUGACGAGCUGCUGGAGCCUGUAGCUGAUGAACACUGCACGGCUACUGCCGCAGCCGUGAAAGGUCAAGUGGAGGCCCUGCUGAAGAAGUUUCGCGGCUUCGUCCUCGCGCCCUCGAUCGGCGAUGCCACCGAUCCUAUGGCUCCAUCUGGCGGUGCAGGUGAGGGCGACGCUACCGAUGGAGGAGCACCUUCUGCGGGUGAUGGCGGUGUCCAGGAGUGA